AUGGCCCUCACGAUCAUCCAGACAAACGCAAAUCACUCUGGCGGGGCCCAAGACCUCCUCCUUCAAAAUAUGAGGGAGUGGAGAACAAGUCUCGCCAUAGUAGCAGAACCCUAUAUGAUACCAGAGAGUCCCAGAUGGUGGGGAUCAACUGGCAAAUUUCCCAAAGUGGCUAUCAUAUGGGGAGGGGGCGAUGUAGGAGAUAACUUUCCCUGCACACUUCUGACAAGAAUGGUCAACUGGGUGGCUAUCGAGUGGGGUGAAAUUAUUAUUGUGGGUUGCUACUGCUCGCCGAGAAUGAGCGAUAUACAGUUCGGGGCUUUUCUCAACUUGGUAAGCACAAUGAUAGACCCUAAUCUAAGUAGACAAAUCCUACUAUUGGGAGACUUUAAUGCGAGGUCUCUCCAGUGGGACAAAAAACAAAAUAAAAAAGGUGAGAUACUGGCAAACUGGGCUGUAGGCAGGGGCCUCACUCUGGUCAACAGAGACUCCACGCCUACGUGCGUGAGAUCCCAGGGAAGCUCUACGGUGGAUCUUGCGUGGGCUACUCCUGCCAUGUAUAGUAGAAUACGGAAAUGGUACGUGGACGGGAAUAAUCCCUCAGCCUCUGACCACCUUUAUAUCAGGAUGACCCUGAGAUCCACAUUGGCUCCGAUCAGAGAAAGAGCUAUAAAAUCGAGAAAUAAGUUUCCUAGAUGGAACGGGAAAAAGAUAAACCCGGAUCAAUUAUUGGCUGCGAUCAUGGCCAAGACCUGGUGCGAUAGAAGACAUCUGGAAGAAAGCGUCCAAAUACAGGUGUCUUAG